AUGUCUGAAUCUACGCACUACGACCUCGUCUGUCUAGGCUCAGGCGAAGCCGCAAAAGUUCUCGCCUGGCACCACGCCUCCACCCAGAAGAAACGCUGUGCCGUCAUCGAACGCAGCAUGUUGGGAGGAUCCUGUCCGAAUGUAGCAUGUCUGCCUAGCAAGAACUUGCUUUACUCAGCCAAGGUCGCUCAUCUUGCUCGCGAAGGGACGCAAUUCGGUUUGACUUCUCACGUGGGUGAGGUUGAUUAUGGCGUGGUGAAGAAGAGGAAGGAUGAGAUGGUGAAGGGGUUGCUGGAUCUGCAUCGGCGGAUGUUUGAGGAGAAUGGCGUGGAGUUGAUUUGGGGGGAGGGGAAGUUCGUUGGUGAGAGGACAAUUGAAGUCACGAGUGCAGAUGGAGGAAAGAGGAUCGUCACUGCUGAUAUCGUGCUCGUCAACACCGGCUCGAGGGCAAAGAUCCCCAACAACAUCCCAGGACUCAUCGAACUCGCCCAAGCCAUGAAGCGACUCGGAGCACAGGUCACCGUAAUCGAACGAGGCCCUCGAAUCCUCAAAAACGAAGACGCCGACGUCGCAGACCUCCUCCAAGAAAUCCUCAUGGAAGAGGGCGUCGUCUUCCACACCUCCACAACAAUCACCCGCAUCCAAGGCCAUUCAGGAGACGAAGUAGUCCUCAACCUCUCGACCCCCUCCAGCGAGAUCACCUCACUAGAAGGCACCCACAUCCUCACCGCAACAGGCCGCACCCCCAACACCUCCCUCAUCGGCCUCGACCUCGCAAACAUCCAAACCACGCCCUCCGGCCACAUCCUCGUAGACGAACACAACCGCACCACCGCCCCCCACGUCUACGCAGCAGGCGACUGCGCCGGCUCGCCAUACUUCACACACAUGGGUCUCGACGACUUUCGCAUCCUUCGAGACAUCCUCUCCGGGAAACAAGUCGACGGUGAAGAGAAAAUGAGAUCUACACGACAGGUCCCUUCAAGCCUCUUCACGGACCCAGAGAUCGCUCAUGUCGGGUUGAGGGAGCAUGAAGCGAAGGCUCAGGGCGUGGGAUUUCGACUUGCGAGACUGCCGAUGGAUAUGUUCCUGCGGUCGCGGACGAUGGAGAAAGGCGCCACGAGGGGGUUCGCGAAGGCGUUAAUCAGUGUGGAAGACGAUACGAUUCUAGGAUUCACGGCGAUCGGACCACACGCGGGGGAAUUCCUGCCCGUCGUACAACUGGCGAUGGAGAAGCAACUUCCCUAUACAGACCUCAGCGACCUUAUCCUCGUACACCCAACACUGAACGAAGGUCUGGGGAUGUUAUUCGACAACGUCCCGAGCACAUGA